CACGAGACCGGAGAAGUUGCUGCAGAGGCAGAACACGCGAGCUUUGGAGACAGUGGCGGGAGCCCGGCGCAGCGUUUUGGCGCACGCACUAUGGACUACUGCUGAGCUCUAAGGGAAAGAGCAGUGCGCGAAAAGUACAGCUGCUGCUCGUGCCGAUAACCUUACUCGUUUAAUUUGUUUGUUUCGUAGGUGCUGCCGACGGUUAUUUUCACAGUAGAGCAAAUCCGACUGAAUAUUGUUGCGUCGAACAAGGUUGAUAGGAUGAAGUUACUGUUUUUACCAGUUUUAAUGGCCUUUUUCGCCGUCGCACAAGUUGCUUGCGAGGAAAACGACCCAAAAGGAGAGGCUGACUACUGGACGGGCAGUAAUCAAAUUCAGGAUGGCUGGCUUUCUAAUGACCCAUUCAGAGAAAUCCUCCUGAGGAUGACAAGAAAGCCACGGCCGCAUCAGUUCAUCGGUCUGAUGGGGAAGCGCUCUAUGGCAAAUCCACAGAUUACCCGCAAAAGGCAUAAAGUCAACUCUUUUGUUGGACUGAUGGGAAAAAGAAGCCAAGAGGAACCAGAGUCCUACGAGUGGAGCACAAGACAGAUGUAUGACAAGCGCCGCUAAACGGUCACUCUUCACCUACCUGCUUCUUAUCUAGCCAUUCCUCAGCCUGGGAGGGGCACCUGACAGUUUUUCCAAACUGUGUAUAGCUGUUAGUUGAAUAAAAUGGUUCUGUUUCCA